AUGGCUGACCCGGACACGCCCCCCCGACCCCCCGCACACGACCCCCGCCCGCGCCGCCCCCGCUCCCCGCCGCUGCUCCGCUCGCGCCGCUCUCGCCGCCCCCGCGCCGCGCCGCUCCGCCCGCGCUGCCCGACGAGCCUCUCGCCAAGCGCCCAGGCCCCGCGCGCAGCUCCCCGCGUCUCCGCGGCCGCGGGCGGCAGCACCCGAGCACCGCGGCCCCUCGCGGCAGAAGGGGCCCCGGGCUCGGCGAGCGCGGCUCCGCGCUGCGGCCCGCAACCUUCGCUGCGCCGCAGCCCUCGGCAAGCGGGAGCCGCUGACCUGGAAGGGCUGGUGACGAAAGGCGCGAGGUUUGGGCUUCUGCCAGGACGCGCCCGGUCCCGCCCGGGGGCUCUCCGCGCACGGUCGCCCCGAGGCCGGGCUGCAGCGCGGGGCACCGCGGCGCCAGGCGGCGGCCGCAGCUCCCGCCCGGGCAGCGUGUGCGAGCGCCGGGCGCGGAGGAGCCCCCUGCCCGGGCGCGACCCCCGAGGGGCCGCUGCGGGAAAACGCUUCCCGUCGGCGGCCGGGCAGCGCCGGGGCGCGUCUCCCCCGCCGCGAAAGGUUUUGAGAGCGGGAGAGCCGCAGCGCAGAGGGGCGACGGGAGGUUCGUUUCCCCCCUCUCCUGCCCCCGACGACGGCUGCCGCUCCCAAGCCGGGAGCAGCGGGCGAUGCAGCCGAGGGCCGUGCCGCCCGUGCGAGAGCCCUGGAGGCGCUGGAGAACCGGGCGCGCAGGAGCCUCCUGAAGCUCGGCAGAGGCAAGUGCGGGGCCCCGCGGCCCGGGGGGAGCAAGGCCGCGCAGCAGCACGGGCCGGGGUCGCCCCGCUGCAGAGCGGCCGUGCCGAGAGGGGCCUGGGAGCGCUGCUGGACGGCGAGGCGCCCCGUGUGCGAGAAGGCCGAGGGUGUCGUGGGGGCCCUGGGAGGAGCGUGGCCAGCGGGCCGAGGGGGGUGACCCUGCCGCUCUGUGAGGCCCUGGGGAGGCCCCGCCGGGAGCCCUGCGUCCGGUUCUGGGCUCUUCUCGUUGGCCUUCUCGAGUCCCCCUGACACCUCAAGGGCACGGUGUCGGGGGCGUGGGGCCGGACUCUCUUUCAGGGGUGCCGAGCGACAGCACGCGAGGCGACGGGCACAAACGGAAAGCCAGGAAGCUCCCGCUGAACGCGAGGAAGAAGCUGUGUGCCGCGAGGGGGACGGAGCACUGGAGCAGCUUGCCCGGAGAGGCGGCGGAGUCUCCUUCUCCGGAGGCAAAGCCCGCCUGGACGCGAGCCUGGGCACCGUGCUCGAGGCAACGCUGCUGGAGCAGGGGGCUUGGACUAGACGGUCUCCAGAGGCACCUCCAGCCCUCCGCCCUCCUGUGGUGCUGCAGGACGACUGCGCCCGCCUCCCUCUGCCGGGCUCUGGGCCCCCUCGGUGACCCAGCCGGGAGCUCGGCGCGGGCUCCUCCAGGCCCAGCUCCUUCCAGCCACCCUGGGCACUGGCAGGGCCGUAAAUCAAUCACUGUCACAACUUGCACAUUCAUGCCAGCGUUUAUUAUUGCAAACACAUGGAGCAAUUAGUUUAUUAACAGUGUAAAUGUGUGGAAUAAACCUUGAGUCUUGCACAAGCACUGAAUAAACACUGGAACCGGC